AUGAGAAUGGAGAAGGGUUGGACCAUGCAGGUACCACUAUUGGUGCUGGGGCUGCUCAGCCUGCUGACUAUUCUUGCCUCUGCCCAGGAUCUGAGCUACCAGAAUGUGGUGACUGGAUUCAUCAAGGACUACAACAGGAGGUCAGGAUCACCAAACCUCUUUAGACUCUCUGUCCUGAAUCUGCAGCCUGGAGAAAACAAUGAUCCUGCUAUUCCUCGCCCUCUGAGCUUUACCAUCACAGAGACAGUGUGCUCCAAUACUGAAGAUCGUGAUCCAGACGAAUGUGACUUCAAGGAAAAUGGACGGGUGAAAGAAUGUUUUGGAGUCAUUGGCCUGGAUUCUACUAAUCCCCUUGUAGAUAUUUCCUGUGAUGGGCCUUCAAAGACCAAGAGACGCUCUAUUUUUGGACGCCUUAGGAAUCGUUUGAGGGGACUUGUGGAUAGAUUUCGCCGCCUAGGAAAAUGAGACAUCUAAAUGCAACUGAGCCUCAGUUUCUGCUUUAAGAAUGUGCUCUGCCUUGGUCUCCUCAGAUGAAUAAACUCCAUUUUCACUCUC